UUCUCAAGCCCUCACACCUCCAUGAGCUUUCCCUCCUCCCAGCUGCUGGUCAACUGCGACCUCCUCCCCAAACAAUUCUCCAUUGUUGUGACUCUAAAGUUCUCCAGCACUGCGCCCAAGAGAAAUGAAUACAUCUUUUCCUUGACGGAGCCAAAAAAAGGAGAGAAAACAGGAGUGGGGGAGGAAGAAGAGGACAACAAUAAGGGGGACAUUUUAGAGAGGGGUGUCAGUGGAAAAGAGCAACAUGGAAAUAGGGAAGAGGAGAGGCGAGUCAAGAGUAAUGAGGAGCCUGGACGCGUCAUCCUGGGCCUGAGGUUCUCGAAAAAUCGUCUGCACUUCCUUCUUAAAGGUCACAGAGGGGUCGUAGAUCACUGGGUGUUUCGAGGCACCCGAUUGGAUGACAAUCAGUGGCACACGCUCUUGUUAGUCGUUGGUAGUCAUCAUGUCAGGCUCACUGUGGACUGCAACUCACCUCUGGAAAUAGUUCCCUCCGGGCCUUUCCCUCCAGACCUCAACAUUCAGGGAGCCAGAUUUCACAUUGGCAGUCGGGGAAGAUGGAAAGGCUUGUAUUCAGGUCUGUUGCGGCAGCUGGUGUUGGUGCCAGGUUUGGACGCCACCCAUUAUAUCUGCCCCUCCUCUGACCCCCAACUAGCAGUUCUGUCAGUACCACCACUUCUGUCAGACCUUUCUGUCAUAGAGAGUGAUGGGGACAGCCAUGUGACUUCCUAUGUGACAGAGGAGCGAGUGUCAGUGGGGACGGAGCGACCGUGCUCAAAGACGCUCCAAGGCCAGAUGUGGUUCAAUCCACUCAGUAAAGGCCUCUAUCUCUGUGACGGUACUGUGUGGAUCACCGUGUUAGAAGAUCAUAAACGACUGGACUACGUGUCAGAACACCAGGUCCUCCCCACCAGCUCAGAGACACAUGACAUAGAGGUGUUCCAGUUACCUGGCCUGGGUAUGAUGGCGGCUAUGGCUCAUAGGUCAGCCUCUGGCUCUGCUGUGUAUCUGUGGAGCAACGCAGGUUUCCAGCUCUACCAGAAUAUCAGCACAUAUGAAGCUCUGGCUUGGAGACACUUCAGCAUUGGCAAAAAGGUUUAUCUGGUGGUGUCUAACUCUGGAGGAGGGCCAGACAAGCGCAAACAAACAGAGAAUGACUUUUCUGUGAUUUACAAGUGGAGUAAAAGGAGAAAACUAUUUGUGCGGUUCCAGACUGUGCAGACUCAUUGUGCACGGGACUGGGAGGCAUUUCAAAUCAAUAAACAAACCUAUCUCGCUGUAGCCAAUCACAGACAAGGUGAUACAAAUCACACCAUAGACAGUGUGAUAUACAGAUGGAACAGGUUGACAAAGUCUUUUGAGGUCCAUCAGAUGCUGCGGACCUCAGGGGCGUACGACUGGGAGUUCUUCACAGUCGGACCGUACCAUUUCCUGGUGGUCGCAAAUGCUUUUGAUGGAGUGACAACCUCUGUUGAUUCUGUCAUCUACGUUUGGGUCAAUGGAAGCUUCCAGGUGUUUCAGACAAUAAAGACGUUCUGCGCCACAGACUGGGAAAUGUUUCAGAUUGGCAGUAGGGUCUUCUUGGUUGUAGCCAAUGGACACAGACUCCAGGGUAAUGGGCCCAGUCAAUAUGCCAUCAACUCCACCAUCUACGAACUGGACCUGAUUGGACAGCUGUUUGUUCGCUUCCAGGAUAUAGUCACCUACAGUGCAGUGGACUGGGAGUUCUUCAGCCUCGGGGAGGAAUAUUUUCUGGUUGUUGCUAACUCCUUCAACGGGGAAUCGUACUCUCUCAACAGCGUUCUCUACAGGUGGCAGGGAUAUGAAGGAUUUGUUCCUGUUCAUUGGCUCCCAACGAUUGGAUGCAGUGACUGGGAGUUUUUUAGCUCCAAAGGAGAAUCAUAUCUGAUCUAUUCUAGUGCCAAAUCACCUCUUGCCAAGAUCUUUAAGCUGAAAACUUACUAGGAAAAACGGAGAGUGCACUGUUUCUUUGUGUGUGUACAUGUUCUCAUUCUUCUUUGGAAGUGUCCAUGUGUUCCCUUGUGAGACGAUGUUUGCAAUAAUAUUUAAAAUGUGUGAUUGGGUUUAAUCCAAAUGUGGCUUUUCUCUUCUUGUUACUAAUUUAUAUAGUGCCAUAGCUGCAAUUUAGGUCAUGGCCUUGAUAUUGUUUUAGGGAUUUUGUGGGUUAAACAAUAUGAGGACAACAUGCGUACAUUGAGAAAAAAUGUAAGUAAUGAAAACAUUUCAGAAUUAUUUUGUGGCGACUACUAUAAAUGACCUAGAGGUUCAACUGUCAGCGCUAGGUGGACAACUGAUGUACCUCAUAAUAACCCAAAUAUCACAAGCACAAUAUUUUUA